CCUUAUAUUAUUACAUUAUAGCUGGAAUAGGCGAGCAGAAGCAGCGGCAGCUCCAUUGCCUCGUAGGGUUACUGGCUUGUUAGUGUAUUUUUUUUGGUUGGACAGAAGCCGCCGGCGCCGGCGACCGUACAACAGCGGGAGGGAGAUGGCCGAGAAUGGUUAUUGAUGGUGCUUGUGUAUAGAGCGAGUAUGUUUCUCGAAAUUUUCGCUACGCUGUUUCUCUUCGCUGUUUUGAACCGUGUAUCAGCCGGUCAGUCAGGCGGAUUAUGUAUUUCUCCUGGAGGCCAUUUUCAUCCAUUUUUAACGGAGGGGAAACCCCCCAGGAAAGUGACCAAGGGGCCCAGAGAUUUAGCAGUUUGCCGGGUUUUCCGCCAGAACACUUGUUGUGAUGUUGUUCAGACCUAUCGUGUCUUGGAAUUUGUACGAAGGUUGGCAUCUUUUGGAGAAGCUAGCCAAGAAUGUUUGCAUGCAUGGGAACUGCUGGAGUGUUCAGUUUGUGAUCCUCUUAUUGGUGUUCAGCCUGGGCCACCACUGAUAUGUGCCUCCUUUUGCAAUAUGAUCCUUCAAGAUUGCUCAAGUGCAUACUUCUCUAUUGACCCAAGAAAUAAGGUUUUGUCUCCUUGUGGACUAGGCGACAUUAUUUGUGGUAGAGCAAGUGAAUGGGCCUCUAAUGGUACAGAACUGUGCCACCUUGCAGGUUUUGCUGUGAAGCAAGAUGUGUUUGGCAACCAUGAUGUUGACAAGCAAUACUGCUAUGGAGGAAAAGCGAGCGUAGAAUCAAUUUCUAGUUCUUGGAAGGCUUCUCGUUCUGUUUUAAGUAUGGGGGAACAGCCUUAUGGAGUUCUUGAAGAUUUUCAGCAGUGGUUUAGGAAAUUGCCCGUGAAUGAGAAGGUCAAGUGGGCAAUUGGAGGGAUGGUGCUCACUUCUGGGCUCCUUUACAUGAGCAAAAGAAAGAGCUACAGCCAAAGGCGAAAACAAGCAGCAGCUCUUCGCAUGGCUAGAAAGAUGGACUCAAGGAUCAAUCAUUCUUCUUCCAGCAUAAGGAGAUAGUUAAUCCAGAAUCUAUAUUUAGUGGUCAAGAAUUUCUCCUCCAAAACUGCAUGCUAAAUCCUUCUCUUCUUAAUUCUAUUACUCUUGUUGACAUAGAACAUGGAGUUGGAAUUUAAUUCUUACUUGCAGUUGUAAUAACCCUAAACUGUUUCUGUCAAUAAGUUUUUGGCAUUUUGCUUUCUUUUACUCUUGCUACAGUGAUUUUCGAUGAAACUUAGUUGUAUAGACCCAUGUUAAGGAUGUAUUUAAGGCAAUAUUUUCACUAUUUUAUUUAUGGGUUGAUGUC